GAACUUUCACACCGGGAAGUUUGCGUUCACAUGUGUGUGUGUGUGUGUGUGUGUGUGUGUGUGUGUUUAACACACAUCGAGCAUCAUGUCGUCAAGCAAAGGCAAAGGCAAAGGGAAGAAGAGACUGAGUGCAGCAGAAGGAGACAGAUCCAGAUCCGCGUUAGUCUGUGAUGAAGCGGACUGUAGCGUCUCGAGCGGCGGAGUCACGGUCACAGACUCCGCGGAGAGAGCUGAAGAUAAAGCCCCUCAGCGCUGGCGUUCAUAUUUGGCUCAGAUGAGUGUGAACACCAUGAAGACUCUGAACAUCUGCAUCGGAAGUCCGGUCCUGAUAUCCAGCAGCAUGGGACAGCAGCAGGUGUGUGUGGCGUGGCCAGUAUCUCAGUUUCCGGGCAGACGUGUGGGUCUUCAGUCCAGCGCUCAGUCCGCUCUGAGAGUGACGUCUGGAUCUCGGGUCACAGUGCAGCCCAUCACCGGACCCCUUCUACAGGCCGAGCACCUGCGGCUGACGCUCAGGCCUGAAGACAAAGUGCUGAAUACAGAAGAGUUCAGGAAUUAUCUCCUGCGGACGCUGGACGGCCGGGUUCUGCUGCCGGGUGGCUCUGUGUGCGUCUCGUAUUUCGGGCGUCAGUGUGUUCUGGCUGUGGAUUCGGUGACGGGUGUCGAUGGAGAGACUCUGAGACGCUCAGACGGAGUCGCUGUCGAUCUCUCCUCACAGCUGGAGCAGCUGUCCAUCCAGCAGAGGUCACCUGACCCAUCACAUGACCUCUCACCUCUGACCCCUGACCAAUCGCAUGACCCCUCACCUCUGACCCCUGACCGAUCACAUGACCCCUCACCUCUGACCCCUGACCGAUCACGUGACCCCUCACCUCUGACCCCUGACCGAUCACGUGACCCCUCACAUCUGACCCCUGACCGAUCGCAUGACCCCUCACAUCUGACCCCUGACCCAUCACAUGACCUCUCACCUCUGACCCCUGACCGAUCGCAUGACCCCUCACCUCUGACCCCUGACCCAUCACAUGACCUCUCACCUCUGACCCCUGACCGAUCGCAUGACCCCUCACCUCUGACCCCUGACCCAUCACAUGACCUCUCACCUCUGACCCCUGACCCAUCACAUGUCCUCUCACCUCUGACCCCUGUCUCUACGCCCUGUAAACUGAGUGACCCGGUUCUCAGCCCGUCCGAGACAUCAGAUCGGUCCGGACGCUCAUCCACGGACACCUUCUACGCCGUCUGCAGCUCCUCCACACUGAGCGUGUGUGACCCCGGCGAGCAGGACGAGUCCGAGGAGGGGGGCGAGGGGUCAAAGGUCAUGUACAGUAUGAUCGGCGGCCUUGGCGGUCAGCUGCAGGUCAUCAGGGAGACCAUCGAGCUGCCACUCAAACACCCGGAGCUCUUCAGAAACUAUGGAAUCCCGCCUCCUCGCGGGCUGCUGCUGUAUGGGCCGCCUGGCACGGGGAAGACCAUGAUUGGACGAGCCGUAGCCAAUGAAGUGGGAGCUCACAUGAGUGUCAUCAACGGCCCCGAGAUCAUGAGCAAGUUUUAUGGAGAAACUGAAGGUAGAUUGAGGCAGAUUUUCUCACAGGCCUCACAGAGGCAGCCGGCCAUCAUCUUCAUCGAUGAGUUGGACGCUCUGUGUCCCAGGAGAGAAGGAGCUCAGAAUGAAGUGGAGAAGCGGCUCGUGGCCACUCUGCUGACGCUCAUGGACGGGAUCGGAUCUGAGGGUCACAGCGGACAGCUGCUGGUUCUGGGAGCCACUAAUCGUCCUCAUGCUCUGGAUCCGGCGCUGCGGCGGCCCGGACGCUUCGAUAAGGAGCUGGAGAUCGGCGUUCCCGGCGCGGACGGGCGGAUGGAUAUCCUGCAGAAGCAGCUGCGCUCCAUGCCGUGUGACGUCUCCGCCGCAGAGCUCCGGGAGCUAGCCGACGCGGCGCAUGGAUACGUGGGAGCCGACCUCGCCGCCGUCUGCAAGGAAGCUGGUCUUCACGCGCUGAGGAGGGUUUUAGGCUCCAAGCCUGUUCUCUCUGAUGUCCAGGUGAUGAACAGUGUAAAGGUCACGACCUCUGACCUGAGACUGGCCAUGACAGAGGUCAAGCCCAGCGCGAUGAGAGAGGUGGCCAUCGACGUGCCAAAGGUUCGGUGGAGUGACAUCGGUGGGAUGGAGGAGGUGAAGCUGGCGCUGAAGCAGGCGGUCGAAUGGCCCCUGCGGCACCCCGAGGCCUUCAGCAGGUUGGGUAUAACGCCACCUAAAGGUGUCCUGCUGUACGGACCGCCGGGAUGCUCCAAAACCAUGAUCGCUAAAGCGCUAGCCAACGAGAGCCAGCUCAACUUUCUGUCCAUCAAGGUACAUAUCAGUUGU